UUCUAAACCAUUUGGGCCCAAAUUUCUAAAACCUCUCUCUCUCUCUCCUUGCUGCUCACUGCUCAGCCACCAUCUCAGGACUCUCUCCUCUCACUUCUCAGUCACCAACUAUACUCUCUCUCUCUCUCUCAACCCAUUUUUAAAUUCACGUGACCAUCCAGCUUUGGUGAGCAGAAAAACCUUGCUAAACCCUCAGAGUCAGGAACAGACAUAUUUCCAAACAUGUUUAGUAGGUUGGCAUUUCUGAAGAGGAUCAAAGCUCCGAAUGGGGGGACAUACAAUCUUAGGAAAACAGCGACAACAACGACGUUGUCUGCUGUCUUGCCCGAGCAACCCAUUGGAUUCAGAUUCUUUGCUUCCCAAAUUGCAAAGAGGACAUCAUGCUUCAAACCUUGGCCAAAGCAGGGUGAUUAUGUGGGGUCCUUUAGAAAAAUGUCGAGCACCGCGGGGAUUGGCAUGGCAAAGAAUGAGGAGGGAUUAAAGCUGGUGCUAGUAAAUGGAGGUUCCCGUGCCCGCAAAAUGGUGGGGAUUUGGCUUUUUGGGUCUGCUGCAUGGGUGUUCAGUAUGGUGCUACUUGGUGGUGUUACCAGACUUACACGCUCUGGCCUUUCCAUGACUGAUUGGAAAUUUACUGGUUCCCUCCCUCCCCUAUCCGAGGAGGAAUGGUUGCGCGAGUUUGACAAAUAUAAGCAAUCCCCUGAGUAUAAGCGUAUAAACAAAGGGAUGAGUAUUGAAGACUUCAAAUUUAUAUAUUGGAUGGAAUACGCACAUCGUAUGUGGGGAAGGGCACUAGGUGUGAUGUUUGCUUUGCCUUUUUCAUAUUUCCUUCGUAAGGGAUACAUUACCUUAGGACUUGGACUGAGACUCUCUGCUCUUUUUGCCCUUGGUGCUGGGCAGGGUUUAAUUGGCUGGUGGAUGGUUAAAAGUGGUUUGGAGGAGCCAGCAUCUGAAUAUGCUCAGCCAAGAGUAAGCCCUUACCGUCUUGCAGCUCAUCUUACCUCAGCAUUUGCAAUUUACUGUGGCCUUUUCUGGACUGCUCUUUCUGUUGUUAUGCCUGAGCCACCUGCUGAAUCAGUAGCUUGGGUUCGUGGAGCGGCCAAAGUAAAGAGACUUGCCCUUCCUGUUGGCAUACUUGUUGCCCUUACUGCUGUCUCUGGAGCAUUUGUUGCUGGAAAUGAUGCUGGUCAUGCAUAUAAUACUUUUCCAAAGAUGGGUGAUACAUGGAUACCAGAAGAUGUCCUUGACAUGAAACCACUAAUUCGAAAUUUCUUUGAGAAUACCUCAACUGUGCAGCUAGACCACCGAAUCCUUGCAACUGCAACCCUAAUUUCAAUUGGUACUUUAUGGUGGUCAACAAGGAAGUUGGAUAUACACCCUGCAGUUAAAUCUUUGAUUGGAAGCACCGUUGGCAUGGCUGCUCUCCAGGUUACAUUAGGGAUCUCAACACUUCUGUCAUAUGUACCUGUUUCACUUGGCACUGCACAUCAGGCUGGAGCCUUAACUCUUUUGACAUUCAUGAUCCUACUCAAUCACACUGUGCGGAGGCCAUCAAUGUCCCUUCUCAAAUCUCUGCCUCAAGUCGCAAAGACAACCUAGAUAUUUUUUGGGUACAUUUUUUUUCCAAUAAGGAUUGAUGAUUAUAUCAAUUGGAAGUAACAAUUCUUUUUUCUUUUUUUCUUUUUUUCCUCUUGUUGUAUAUCAAUUUGAGUUUCUAGUUCAGGAGUUCAUUUUGUCUUUAGUGGUAAUGCAUCUAGCCAUUGCUAAUUUGCAGCCUUAUCAAGUAACAACAAUACAAUUUGUAAUCCAAAGUUCAACAGUCAUACAUAUUCCAUUUUUCUAUAGCAUCA